CCAGACGAGGGACAGGGGGGUGUUCCAGGGAGGGCAGUCUCUCGAGUCAAAUCGGUUUUCGUUGACUUGGUCGGUCCUCCUCACUCCAUUGCAUCUAGCAAGCUAGCUAGAUAACUAGGAGAGCUUAGUGUGGGAGACUCAAAGUGGAUAAGGGGGAAAUAGGCUGAGGGAAAAUGGCGGACGUCGAGGGAGAGGGAAUUCAUUCGGCGGCUCCUCCGUUAGUUCAGCCAUCCUCACGUAACGGCUCCGGUGUCAGCCCAACGCAGGACACCGGCAGGUGCCAAACGGUGACUACCGUUACUUCAGGCCCGCGACUGGUGCGGAUAGUCAAGUCUGACUCGGGAUAUGGCUUCAAUGUCCGGGGACAGGUUAGCGAAGGAGGGCAACUACGGAGCAUCAACGGGGAAUUGUAUGCCCCGCUACAGCACGUCAGUGCAGUUUUACCGGGAGGUGCAGCAGACAGAGCCGGUAUCUCGAAAGGGGACCGGAUUCUGGAAGUUAAUAGUGUGAACGUGGAGGGGGCGACCCAUAAGCAGGUGGUGGAUCUGAUCCGUGCGGGGGAGAGGGAGCUGAUGCUGGCCGUGCUGUCUGUACCUCCCCAGGAGGCUGACUGUAUGGACCCCGGAGACGACGGCUCAGCCCAGUCCUGCUACGACUACAGCGACAAACAGGCCGUCCCCAUCUCCGUCCCCACAUACAAACACACUGAACUCAACCAGGAGAGGUUUGUGGUGUAUAAUGUGUACAUGGCAGGCAGACAGCUGUGCUCUAAAAGGUACAGAGAGUUUGCUAUCCUCAACCAGAACCUGAAGAGAGAGUUUGCCAACUACACCUUCCCCAAAAUACCUGGCAAAUGGCCCUUCUCCCUGUCUGAACAACAACUAGACGCUCGACGCAGGGGACUGGAGGAAUACAUGGAGAAAGUGUGUUCAGUGAGGGUGAUUGGGGAGAGUGACGUGAUGCAGGAGUUUCUGUCUGAGUCUGAUGAGAACUAUAACGGAGUAUCAGAUGUGGAGUUGAGGAUAGCCUUGCCUGAUAAAACCACCGUCACAGUCCGAGUCCGUAAGAACUGUACUACUGACCAGGUCUACCAGGCUGUGGUCAUGAAAGUAGGAAUGGACAGCAUAACGGCCAGCUACUUUGCUCUGUUUGAGGUCAUCAACCACUCCUUUGUGCGUAAGCUGGCUCCUAAUGAGUUCCCCCACAAGCUGUAUGUUCAGAACUAUACGUCUGCUGUCCCUGGGACCUGCCUCACCCUCCGCAAAUGGCUCUUCACCACCGAGGAGGAGAUCCUGCUCAAUGACAACCACCUGGCCGUCAGCUACUGCUUCCACCAGGCGGUGGAUGAUGUGAAGAAGGGAUUUAUCAAGGCGGAGGAGAAGUCCUACCAGCUCCAGAAACUAGCAGAACAGAAGAAGAUGGCCAGUCUGGCACCAGAACCCCAUCACUUCCUGUAA